AUGGGUUACAUGGCAUCAGCAUUGGUGCUGUCACAGGAAAAAAACCUUCGGAUUCGGCAGGAGGCUGAAGAGUUGAUCAGCUCGGCGGAGCGUCAUAUCAAGCACUGCUACUCCACUGAGCCAGAAAACUUCCAGCUGCUUCCCCUGCUGCGAAGCGAGUGGCCCAUUUGGUGGUUGACACAUUCUGUCUUCCAACAUCUCUAUCCCGAAGGGCCGGCGGAUCCGAAGCCAGUGGAUCUUUCGACUCCAGCUCCAGCUCCACUGGACGCGUGUUGGGAGCUGGAUGGCCAGGCCAAGUUGUGUCCUCUCAACAAGGCGGCUUGGAUGGCGGUGAAUGGAGUGUAUCUGCUGGAUGAUCAGCAUUUACAAGGCAUGGCACCUGGCCUCCAAAGUUCGCGAAUCCUGCAGCUCUUCUGUGACGGGCGGCCAUUGCAUCGAAGGGCCACGGGGGAGGCUCUCUUGGAGUCCCUCUCUGCUAGCAUUGCUACCGCGGAGCCCAGCUGGAGCAGUGUUCAGUGGUGGUCCAAGCAGUUUGUAGCGCUACAGGAUCCAAAGUUCUCUGAUCCCAGCGCUGGAGCCUACUCUGCCUCUUUCAUCGGUGAAAAGGUGGGGAUGUACAUCGAGGAGACAUCUGCUGGCGACCCCUACAAUGCUGAAUGGCUGCAGGCAUACCUCACCGCUUUCAACCGGAUGGGUUUGCAACCACACCUGGUUCGAAGAAGCGAGGAAGUGCGAGCAGGGGUCCUAUACUUCUGGCGCAUCAAUCAGAUGUUUGGAGGCGGUCAACUGGCAGGUGCUCCCGGUGUUGGUUUGGCCGUGGCGCAGCAUCUGUCGGCCUUCGAUGUGUCGAUGGGUGCUGCUCUGUGGCCUCGACCCGAGACGAUGCAGUUCUAUCAGGACAAGAUCGCUCUCCGGGAUCUCUUCACCAGGAUCGGUGUGCCCGCACCCAAGAGCUGGGUGGUACAGAGCCUGCAAGACCUGGAGAUGUUGAUGCAACGAGGCGAAUUGAAGGAUGCGGAUUUCCCCCUGGUUCUCAAACAUCCCUACGCAGCCUCCAGUCGGGGGAUGAUGUCCUGUGCAACUUCCCAAGAGGUGAGAAGUGUGGUGGGCCAAUGGCUCCAGGAACACCAAGUGCCUUGCCUGCUGCAACGGCAGCUUCGCAUCGCCAGGGAUAUGCGCGUGACUUAUGUUGGAGGCGAAAUCAUCCAGGGCUAUUGGCGUGUGAAGGCCGCCAUGAACGAUCUGAGCAGCGGCUCGGCUGCCGGGUCGUCCUUGGACUUCGACACGCCCCUGGAGGAGAUUGCCCCCUUUGUGAGAAGCUUCGCUGCGGCCACCGGUAUUGACAUUGGCGGGAUGGACAUCGCCUUUCCGGAAGACGCGGCUGAAGGGCCGGUGGUCUUCGAAGUCUCGCCCAUCUUCGACUUGAAUCCCGAGCCUCCUGCCGAGUGGCGGCAACGACCCUAUCGCGAGUACAAACAAACCGAAGACUACAAGAAGAGGCGUGCUGAGAACUAUGCGCUGUGCGCGCAAAAGGUGGUCGAGUACGCCCUGCAGCGCCGCGGUCGACUCUUUGUGGACAUCGACAACACCAUCAGCGAUGCGUGGAAACGCAUACGCCGCGCGACCAUACCACAGUGGCCAGGGCACAGCUUUGAUGCCAAAGCGCAUUCACCGGAGGAGUUGGCCAAAGAUUCGCCACUUCCAGGUGCCCAAGGUGCGUUGGCGUCCCUUACGCGGGACUGGGAAGUGACGUAUCUGUCAGUGCGAAGGCCCAGUUGCCGGGCCAAUGGACCCUUGGAAGGAUUGGUCACCGAGGCCAGAGGAGCUGCGGGGGCAUUUCAAGCGGCCAGCAAGUGGCUGAAAGAGCAUCACUUUCCCAGCUAUAGUCAACUGGUUCUGGUCAGAACCUCAAGCCAUGGACAUGUUUAUAAAUGUAAUCCCAUCCCUCUGAUAUUUUCAAACAUAUAUAUAUAUUUAAGGGCUGCCGCCCCUGCCGCCGACCCCGGAAGAAUCGGCAAGGAAGCCAAGCAAAUUGGCAUAAAAACUCUUCGGUGCUUCGCACCUUGA